CAGCUUCCUUAGUUUAAUGGAAAUAAGUCAAAGUUCCUUAUUUAUCUUAAUCGAGAUUUCUAACUUUCAUUAAAUGAAUUAAAUAUUAUUUUCAUUAUUUAACAGAUGUAUUAGAAAAUAAAUGUAAAGAAGAAUAAAUGAAACUAGAGUUUUUAAAGAUUUUGGUACUACGACUCUUCAUUUUCUCAUUUGUUCUACACAUUGACAUUUCAUAGAAUGUGAUGGAUAAAUGAAAUUAGAAUAUAUAAAUAUUCUGAUACUCCGACUUUUCAUUUUCUCAUAUGUUCUACUCGUGUCGACAUGAUAUUUUAUAUUUGACACAUAUUUGUGCAUUCGAAUACUUGUACACUCGAACACUGCUUGAAUAAUCCAUUUAUGUAUAGUUAAUCGAACAUUUUUUUCUCUAUUUAGAUAAAAAUAGCUAUAUAUUUUUAUAUUUUUUAUUUUAGUUAAUUUUAUAUAAUAUUAGAUAUUCAAACACCACGUCUGAACUUAGUACAUAACCUAUAAUUUUUAUUUAGAAAAUUGACAAGUUAAAUAAAGAUAUACAUCCAUCUCUGCACCGUAUCUAAAUCGAAGUAAUGUGAAAUAAAUUGAGAUAUACAUCCAUCUCAAUUAUACUCAAAGGAUAAUAAUUAUUCCUACAUAUAUUACAUGGAGAAUGAAGUCACCAAUGGAGCGAAACCCACCCCUAAUUUCCAGUGUCAAUGAUUCAACAGAGCAAUCCCAAGAUAUUGGUGACAAAGAAUCCUGUAGUGCUGAAUCAAGAAACCAAAUAUGAUGAGUCUCCCACAUCAUCAUGCUGCCUAAAAAAGAAUAGCACAAUCAAGCACUAGAGCUACAGAAUCUUUAAGAGUACUCUGACAUGGUAUGGUUUAAGGUUAUAUACAUUUUGAUAGUGUUUGAGGGUCUGAGAUCCAGAAAGUGGUUUCGAUUAUCAGUGUAUCAGUAAAAUCUGCCCUAGAAAUACGGUCCUCUCCCCUUUUUAUCCUUUUCCUCUCCUUUUCCUGAGCGUGUGACAGCCCCCUCUGGUACAGUACUAUAACUAUCUAUCACGUCAUAUUAGCCCAUGCGUACUGAUAUGUCAUAGGCUCACUCCUUGUUAGGCGGUCAUUUAAUAUUUUUGAGGCCCACUCCUUGUCAGGCGGCCAUUUAAUAUUUUUGGGCGUAUAAACGGGCAAGAUUGCGAAGUGACUAAGCCCUUUCUCUUCUUGUCAAAUCAUCGAGCCUAACCUCCACUUUAGCUUCGGGCCGACCCGACCCUCCAUUCGUGAGGGUAGCCGGACUGGUGCUGCCAAGCCGGCCUGCUAAGGGGCUUCCUGAAUUCGGGGCUAGUUCUGUCUUAAGUGGGCUUCUAUCUCUGCCCAAGGGGGCCUGAGGCUCGGCAGUUAUCACAUUUUUUCCCCUUAAUAUUAUUAUUUACUUUGUUUUAACUAUAUAUCAUUGAAUUAUGAAAGUUUGCAGCCAUAAAAAAUAUAUUUAUGAACUCUUAAAAGUUUAUUCUCUUUGCUAAAAGUUUAAUUUGUAUAUGAGACAAAAGGAGUUAGAAUAUAUAAGCGUGAAGUUGAAUUUUCUUCAAUUUUACUCAAAGGAUAUUAAUUAUUCCUGCAUAGAUUGCAUCCACAAUAAAUUCCCUCCUUGUCAAUAAUUAUUUUCCUUCACUACUUCAACCUUUUUUCUAUAAAUGAGAGGUAACAUUUUAGGAUUUUCAUAAUAAUAUUGGCUGAAAACCACAAAACAAUACCACAGACAAUGGAACAAGCCUCAUUUUCCGGUGACAGUGAUCCGAAUGAACAAUCCCAAGAGGCUGAAGAGGGUAAGUUUUGUGUAAUCUCCAAACAUACUCGCUUUGAAUUCCCUUUUAAUAUGUAUUAACUCUUGACAGAGAAAGAAAGACGUUACUUGCCAAGCAGCACUGAGAGGUGAUUGGAUAACUGCAAAGAGAAUUUUUUAUGAUGACCCUGCUGCAGUAACUGUUAAAAUUUCAGGCAUUGAAGAGAUAACUCUUCAUGUUGCAAGAAGCAGAGGUCGCUCAUCCUUGAGAUUCAUACAGAUGCUUGUUGAGUCAAUGCCUGAACAUUCCUUGGAAACGACAAAUAUUCAUGGAGAAACACCUCUUCAUUAUGCUGCUAUUGCUGGUAAUAUUCAAGCAAUAAGUUUAUUACUGAAAAAGAAUCCAGCACUGCUGCAGAUAGCAAACUUCCAUGGCCUUGCCCCACUUCAUUUUGCUGCCCAGUGUUGCCACAAGGAAGCAGUUUCCCUUCUUUUGUCAUGUGACAGAUCUAAGUGCAUUAUCAGGCCCAAAUGACUUCAGACUUGUGAAUCUUCUCAUAAUUGCUGAAUUCUAUGAUAUGGCUUUUGAUCUGCUACGGAGAUACCCCAAUUUGGCUAUUGGACGAGAUGAUCAAGAGAAAACUGCGUUAGAGAAUUCCCAAGUGGAAGCAAGCUUGGGUUUUGUGAAUGCUUAUUAUAUCGAUUUGUUUCUAUAGAUUUACAUGCUGUCCAUCGAGGUGGAGAUUUGGAAAAUAGAGUUGAUGUUUCAGAAGCAUCCCAAAAAGAAUUAAAGAAAUUUGGCUAUUGGACGAGAUGAUCCUGGUGCAUUAAAUUCCAGGAUUUCAGGCACUGGA